UCUCUCUCUCUCUCAUAUCCAUUGGUAGCUUUAUCUCUGGUUUUGUGUCACCUGUUAACAAAUCCAACACCCAACAACAUUAAACAAAGGGGCGGUUGAUUUUGUUGGGAAAAUGACGCGGCAGAAAAUUGAGAUCAAGAAGAUCGUCAAUCCAUCGGCAAGGCAGGUCACUUUCUCUAAGAGGCGAAGGGGGCUUUUCAAAAAGGCACAGGAACUCUCGACUCUUUGUGAUGCUGAAAUAGCAGUCAUGGUCUUUUCUACAACAGGAAAGCUCUUUGAAUACUCAAGCUCCAGUAUGAAGCAGAUAAUAGAAAGGUAUAACAAUGUACAAUCUCAGCGCCUCUACAAAAUAGGUCAUCCAUCUCUCGAAUUGCAGCUUGAAAGCAGCACCUACGCCAUGUUGAGUAUGGAAAUAGCAGAGAAGACUCAUGAACUGAGGCAGAUGAAAGGAGAAGAUCUUCAAGGAUUAGAUAUUGAACAACUAAAGCAGCUGGAGAACUCACUUCAAGGAGGUUUAAGCCGCGUUCUAGAAAUAAAAGGUGACAGGAUUGUUAAAGAAAUUGAAGCUCUCAGGAGAAAGGGAGCUGAACUGAUGCAGGAGAACUUGAACUUGAAAAAGCGAACAGAGAAUAAUCAUUUACGAGGCAAUACCUGCAAUGAGAGUUCUGAUACUUCCUUAAAGUUGGGGUUGCCCUUUCCUCACUAGAUGUGGAAGCAAAUGAAGAAUACUGAGAAUAAAUGGCCAUUUAUUCUAAACGGAGGAUCUGCCGAUGCCUUAGUAUCUAUAGCCGAAAACAAGUUUGCCUUUGUUUUUGAAUUUAUGUACUAAACUCAGUUAAUUUCUGCCGGUUUUGUUAUUAUUAGUAUCUAAACUGACAAUCGCUAGGUAAUCCAACUUCAGUAUUAUUAGAUUUAAAUAUUAAUGUUUGAAAAUUCAC